AUGGAAACGGUCCAGGAACUGAUUCCUCUGGCCAAAGAGAUGGCCCAGAAGCCCAAGGGGAGGCUGGUGAAGCUGUACGUGCUGGGCAGCGUGCUGGCCUUCUUAGGCGUGGUGCUGGGCCUGAUGGAGACAGUGUGCAGCCCCUUAACGACCGCCAGCCGACUGCGGAAUGAGGAGGCCACCUUGGCCUCGCUGCAAGCCGCUAAGGAACGACAGGCCCUCCAGACACAGGCCCUGCUGGAGAAAGACAAGCAGCUGGAAGCCAUACAAUGCAGCAGAGUCCUCUCCAAUCGGCAGCACGCCUCCUAA